AUGGCGGACGCCGUCGAGCGCUUGAAGACCGGGUUCGAGCAGUUCAAGGCCGAUGUCUACGACAAGAAGCCGGAGCUGUUCGAGCCACUCAAGGCGCACCAGUCACCCAAGUACAUGGUGUUCGCCUGCUCCGACUCCCGCGUGUGCCCGUCGGUGACCCUGGGCCUGCACCCCGGCGAGGCCUUCGCCGUCCGCAACAUCGCCAGCAUGGUGCCACCCUACGACAAGACCAAGUACGCCGGCGCCGGGUCCGCCAUCGAGUACGCCGUGUGCGCCCUCAAGGUGGAGGUCAUCGUCGUCAUCGGCCACAGCCGCUGCGGCGGGAUCAAGGCGCUGCUCUCCCUCGAGGACGGCGCGCCAGACAAGUUCCACUUCGUCGAGGAAUGGGUCAGGAUCGGCGCCCCGGCCAAGACUAAGGUGCAGGCCGACCACGCCUCGGUGCCUUUCGAAGACCAAUGCUCCAUCCUGGAGAAGGAGGCCGUCAACGUGUCCCUUGAGAACCUCAAGACCUACCCGUUCGUCAAGGAAGGGCUGGAGAAAGGGACCCUCAAGCUAGUCGGCGGCCACUACGACUUCGUCAAUGGAAAGUUCGAGACAUGGGACCCCUAA